AUGGCACUGUGCAGCGCCAAACGUCGUCACCUGGAGAAGGAUUGUUACAUCAGGCAAAUGUGGAGGGUGGAAAUGCAGCAGUGUCUCUCUCCCCUCUCACCACAUCCCAUAUCACACCCACAUAAAGUGCAAAUCGUCCCACAGGCAAGUUUUGCGGUGUCAGGUACGGACUGUUGUGUUGGUGUGUGGUGUCUCCUCAUGUUGCUAAGAGUCGGACUUCCCUCCCACCAGAUCACCAGUGCUGCCUACCAAACACUUCCAACGAUGAAGCCUUUCUUGCACACCUUGAGUUGCACAGCAUUGAGUCGAGUGGAUGGAUCGCAGCCGCAGUUGUUUACCAGUCAGUGCCAGCGAGUGCACAAUUCACAGCCAUCAGUUACAUCUGCAGUCGACCACGCACACAGCCACACACAGUUGCAGUCUCCCGGAGGUGGAGUGGCGGCUGCCUUGGAGGUGUGA